UUCAUCAACCGAAAGAACAGGCUUCAUGUGUGUCACCUGCCCUACCCUGCCACCAGCAUCACCACCUUCUUAAUGUCCCUCCUCCUUUCUCAUUGAUUGUGGCCACGUACAAUCAAUGUGAUCAGGCUCUUUGAACUUUGAAGAAUCGGCUUGUCCUUUGCGGCGCCUGCAGCUGGACUAGGCCCCUUCCUCAUCCCCCAUGCAUGCAUCAUCAGAACACCAAUUACCUUACCUCAAUUGCUUGCUAGGAUUUCACCCAAAAAUGCCAAGUGUUAGUUCUUUCUCCCUCCACACCUUCUCUAUAUAUCUGGAGUUCAGAAGAACAAGGAGAGGCAAUGGCGGAAACAACUGCCUGCAAGAGAAGUAAACCGAAUAGCCACAAGAACUCACUUUCAUGGGGGCUCCUGAGAAAGAUCUUUUCUUGUAAAGUCCCCUACGAAGAAGGCAAGCAAAUCAAGAAAAGCAAGAAAAUGGGCUCCUCUUUGUCUGUCUGCAGCAUGAGGCACAGCCCCAGCGUUGUAAGUCCGGAAACUGAUAGCGUAGUUGAGGUUUGCCAUGGUUCGAGCAGAUACCACUUGAGAUCUCCUUCCAAACACAUGACUGCUGCAGCUGUUCCCACUUCCUUUAUUUCUUCUUCUUCAUCAUCGUCGCAUUCGUCUGCCUCCAUCACCGCCUCUGCGGUUUCAUCCUCUUCUCUUGGAGGAUCUUCAAGGGGAAUGCACCUGAGGAAGCUCUCCGGGUGCUAUGAGUGCCAUGUGAUGGUUGAUCCGAUCAGUGGGCCUUAUAAGGUUCCUUCCUCCCGGACUAACUUCUGUCCUUGCCCUGAUUGCGACGAGGUUUUCCUUAGGGCAGAAUCCUUGGAGCUCCACCAGGCGGUUAGACAUGCAGUGUCAGAAUUGGCCCCUGAAGACGCGAGCAGAAACAUAAUCGAGCUAAUCUUUUACUCGAGUUGGAUCAAGAAUCAAACUCCGAGUUGCAAAAUCGAUAGGAUUGUCAAGGUCCACAACACUCAAAGGGCCAUCACAAAGUUUGAGGAGUACAGGGACUCCAUCAAGAUCAAGGCCAACAAGCAUGCGCGAAAACAUCCGAGGUGCGCGGCCGACGGCAAUGAAUUGUUACGGUUCUACUCCACAACCCUCGCGUGCUCCCUCGGCCUCCAUGGAUCCACCAGCUUGUGCCAAUCAAGCAAGCAGUGCGGCGUCUGCAGCAUUAUCCGAGACGGCUUCAAAGUGGAUGAGGCAGGGAGAAUACGAACCAUGGCUACGAGCGGGAGGGCGCAUGGCAUGCCUCACAUCUCAUCGGAUGGUGGGAAGAGGGCCAUGAUUGUUUGCAGGGUGAUUGCAGGAAGAGUAGAGAAGAGUGAAGAUGGUGUUGGGGAGUAUGAUUCAGUUACUGAAACCUGUUCGAAUUUGGACGAGCUAUUCGUGUUCAAUCCGGGAGCGAUCUUGCCUUGCUUUGUUGUGAUGUAUACAAGUUUCUAGUGGGAUUGUGGAUACAGAGAGAGAGAGAGAGAGUACAUGCGUUCCAUCUUCCUUAUGCCCCUUUUCAGUUUUAUGAAUUCAUAAGAAUGUUUGGUUGAGGGUUA